AUGACAUUGAAGAGUCUAAACGACUACACCUUCCAUAGCAAACCGGGUAUGGUCACUCGGCCUGGUCUGGAGAUCUUCGAUUCUGGUGAUGAUAGUAAUGCUGCGUACGAGGACGAUGACAGUGAUAUAUCUUUCGAGAGGAAGUAUAAUUCUGCGCCGUCAAAGAGUCGUCGCCCCCGACCUGUGUUCCGAUUGCUGAAUCGUGAGCGACCAAUGAAACAGAGCACUGGUACUAUGAGAAUUGACAGGAAGAAUCAGCUGCAGUCAUU